AUGGCUUCUCUCUGCUCCUCUCCCUCUUCUGCUCUCUCCUGCUCAGUGUGUCAGAUAUUUAGUUACUCCUCUGCCUCCUUCAGUGUUAGUGGUACCUGUAACAAGUGUAGUUUAUUUGCUGUGCUGGAGGCGAGGCUUAGCGAUCUGGAAGCGCGGCUCCGCACCGUGGAUAAUCCCUCUGUAGCUGCGAUAGCUAGCGAGCCCCCUGUAGCCAGUGCGGACCGACAUAGCGUAGCCUCUGCUAGCCGUCCCCAGGCAACCCCCGUGCAGCCGGGAGGCUGGGUGACUGUCCGAGCGAAGCAUAGUAAGCCGAAGCCCGCGGUACACCACCCACCCCCCCUUCACGUUUCAAAUAAGUACUCCCCUCUCAACCACACACCGACCGAGGACACAACCCUGGUCAUUGGUAGCUCUAUUUUGCAAAACGUGAAGUUAGUGACACCAGCGGCCAUAGUCAAAUGUAUCCCUGGGGCCAGAGCGGGCGACGUCGAGUCAAAUUUGAAGCUGCUGGCUAAGGCUAAACGUAAAUACAGUAAGAUUGUUAUUCACGUUGGCGGCAAUGACACCCGGUUACGUCAAUCGGAGGUCACUAAAAUUAACAUAGAGUCGGUGUGUGAGUACGCCAAGACGAUGUCGGACACCGUAAUCUUCUCUGGACCCCUCCCCAAUGUGACCAGUGAUGACAUGUUUAGCCGCAUGUCAGCACUCAACCGCUGGUUGUCGUGGUGGUGUCCAGCAAAUGAUGUGGGCUUCGUUAAUAAUUGGCGCUCCUUUUGGGGUAAACCUGGUCUUAUCCGGAGGGACGGCAUCCAUCCCACUUUGGAUGGAGCUGCUCUCCUCUCUAAGAAUCUGGCCGAUUUUAUUAGAGGCCCAAAGCCAUGA